AUGAGGGUAGAGUCUAGCAAAUCUACUGAUUCGACCCCAGAAGAAGGUAAGGCAAAAAAAUAUGGAGGAAAAAAAUCAAAACCCAAAAAUGAGCUAGCUCCAUUAAUACUAUCUACUAUUCAGUCUCAACCCGUGAAUUUAAAAGGCUCAGAUAUAAAUAAAGAGAAAUUACAUGCAUUGUAUAAGGAAAUGGUUGAAAGAAGCAAUAAAAAUUUAGCAAAUGUGAAAACUCUAAAGGGACAGACUUUUCAUAUUCAGAAGUAA